UUGGACAUGGAGGAGAUGACCAUCUGGGAGCAGCACACAACCACACUCUGUAGGGAUCCUCGAAGGGGCUUUGGAAUUGCCAUUUCAGGAGGCCGGGACCGACCCAGUGGUGUCAGCAACGAUGGAUCAGUGGUGAUAUCAGAUGUGGUGCCAGGGGGGCCAGCUGUGGGCAGGCUGCAGACCGGAGACCAUAUUGUUAUGGUGAAUGGGGUUUCCAUGGAGAACGUGUCUUCAACCUUUGCCAUACAGACCCUCAAGUCUUGCACCAAAUUUGCCAAUGUUACCAUAAAAAGACCUCGGAAAAUUCAGCUACCUACCACCAAGACCAGCUAUCCCACUUCAAGUCUGGGCCCCAGUCCACAGAACCAGGGGCCACCCCGAGGCCACCAAGAUGAGGAGGAAUUAGACCAAAACCGAGGCUAUGAGGGCGACUCUUCCAGUGAACGCAGCUCAGGCCACAGCUGGACCGAGCGCUCUCGGCGACGGAGUCGAGCUGGCAGCCGUAGAGGUCAAAGUCGGGAGAGAAGGCUGGAUCAUCCAGAUGGAGCCAAUGGUCUGGCCCUGGUGUCUGGCUUUAAGAGACUACCCAGGCAUGACGUAUUGAUGAAGCCAGUGGAGUCAGUAUUGGUGAAGAGGAAAGAAAGCGAGGAGUUUGGUGUGAAGCUUGGCAGUCAGAUUUUCAUCAAGCACAUUGCAGACUCAGGUCUAGCCUCCAAAAGCAGAGGCCUGAUGGAGGGUGAUCUUGUCCUUAAGAUAAAUGGAGUGUCAAGCCAGAACCUGUCCCUGAAUGACACCCGACGGUUGAUUGAGAGGUCGGAGGGGAUGCUGACUCUACUGGUGCUCAGAGAUCAUCGGCAGUUCCUGGUGAAUAUACCCCCAGCAGUCAACAGUGACAGUGAGAGUUCUGACCUGGAUGACAUCUCUGCCAUUGGCUCUGAACCCUCUCAAGCACCCCCAUCCCAUGUGCCCCCACCACCUGGUGGCAAGCGGCGAGUUUCUGAUGCCAGCUGGACCGAGUCUCCUCCGGAGGAAUCAGUGGAACCAGAACCCCUUUGGGAAUCAGGUACUCAGGAGGAUCUGAGAAAAAGCAGCUAUGACAUCUAUCGUGUCCCCACUGGCCAAAGAGAGGAUGAUGGGUAUAGCCCAGACACUCGGGUGGUCCGCUUCACCAAGGGUGCCAGCAUCGGGCUCCGACUAGCUGGAGGCAAUGACGUCGGCAUCUUCGUAUCAGGCGUACAGGAAGGGAGCCCAGCAGAUGGACAAGGAAUUCAGGAAGGAGACCAGAUCCUACAGGUGAAUGAGCAGUUAUUUCAGAGCCUGACCAGGGAGGAGGCUGUUCAGUACCUGCUGGGGCUGCCACGAGGAGAGGAAAUAGAGCUGGUCACUCAGCGAAAGCAAGAUAUCUUUAGGAAGAUGGUCAAGUCAAGCGUGGGUGACUCCUUCUAUAUCCGCACCCAUUUUGAACUGGAGCCAAGUCCACCCUUGGGCCUGGGCUUCACCCGAGGGGACGUCUUCCAUGUUCUGGACACCCUCUACCCUGAGAAGGGAAGGGGUGGCAGCUGGCUGGCGGUCCGCAUGGGCCGGGACCUGAGGGAGCAGGAUCGAGGCAUUAUUCCCAACCAAAGCAGGGCCGAGCAGUUGGCAUCGCUAGAGGCUGCCCAGCGGGCUAUGGGCUUAGGGCCUCUCUCUUCCUCAGCCAACACAGGGGCCCGAGCUGAGUUCUGGAAGCUUCGUGGCCUGCGGAGAGGUGCCAAGAAGCAUAUGCGCCAAAGCCGUGAGGACCUCUCAACCCUAACGAAGCAGGGCAACUAUCCACCCUAUGAGCGGGUUGUGCUGAGGGAAGCCAGCUUCAAACGCCCUGUGGUCAUCAUGGGCCCUGUGGCCGACGUGGCCAUGCAGAAGCUGUGCUCUGAGCUGCCUGACCAGUUUGAAGUCGCAGAGAGUGUCACAAGAAGCGAGGGCCCCUCAAAGGUGGUCAAGCUGGACACUGUGCGAGUGAUUGCUGAGAAGGACAAACACACUCUCCUGGAUGUGACACCCUCCGCCGUGGAACGCCUCAACUACGUGCAGUACUACCCCAUAGUGGUGUUCUGUGCCCCUGAAAGCCGGGCAGGGGUCAAAGCCCUUCGACAGUGGUUGGUGCCCACCUCCAGGAAGAGUUCUCGCCGCCUCUAUGCCCAGGCCACCAAGCUGAGGAAGUACCACAGCCAUCUGUUUACAGCUAUCAUUCAUCUUAAUGGGACCAACAAUGCCUGGUACCAGGAGUUAAAAGAUAUCAUCAAAGCCCAGCAAUCCCGGCCCAUCUGGACCGCCGAAGACCAGCUGGACAACUCCUCGGAGGAGAACCUGGACCUGCCCCGUCAGGAUUUUGGGGGCAGCAAUGCCUAUCUCAGCUGUGAUAGUCGUGUUAACAGUGACUACGAGGAAACAGAUGGAGAAGGUGGCUUUUACACAGAUAAUGACAUGGAUGAAGAGCCCACAGAGCCAGCAUUAGCUCGUUCAUCAGAACCGGUAGAAGCCGAUGAGGCAGAGAAUCUGAGGGAAGAGGCAAUGGCAGCUUCAACGUACCCAAGAGCCAAGGCCAGAGACCCACCUGCUCAGGGCCAAUGGAGACAAGACAGUAUGAGAACCUAUGAGCGGGAAGCCUUGAGAAAAAAGUUCACCCGAGCCCGGAACUACGAGUCAGACGAUGAUGACGGCUACGACUGGGGUCCUGCCACUGACCUGUGACCCUGCAGCUGGAUGGCCAGCCCAACCUCAAGGUCACCUCAGGGAAUCUGCCUCACCUGUCUUACUCUAUCAGCUUCAAGGAGGGAAACUCACUCUGGCUUCUACUUCCCCAUUCCUGGACCUGCCUUUUUAUAAUAAAGCAAGUUGAAUUUUUAUUACAACUCCCCUCCCUCCUUUGGUGCUGCAGGUUUGGGAAGAAUACUAGCUCAUCCUGUCCAUUGCCCAUCUCUGGACAGAGUUGUCAAAUGAGCCCCUCCAGCGCAGUCCUGCCCCCGACUGUCCCAGCAGAACAGGGUGUCUCAGUUCCCACUAUCCCAGGACCCGAACCGGACCACAGAGAUCACCUAAUGAAACUAUUAGUCCUAUGAGUGGGGAAACUAAGACUCCAAGA